UGAGUUUACACCAGUUGUCCGGCUGUCGGCACUGCACAUAUAAAUCACUCUGUGUACCUCAGUAAAUUACUGCGAUGGCGGCCGGGGAGGAAGAGGAUCUGGUACCCGAUUCUGGUGCUUUAUUUACUUUUGGGAAAAGUAAGUUUGCAGACAACUUUCCAAGCACGUUUUUGCUAAAAAACGAUAAACCCGCUUAUAUUGCGUGUGGAGAUGAACAUACAGCAUUGGUUACAGGCAAUGGAAAAUUUUAUGUCUUUGGCAGCAAUAACUGGGGACAACUGGGUUUAGGAUCUGGAAAUACAAUCAACAAGCCAACUUGUGUUAAAGCAUUAAAAUCAGAAAAAGUGAAAUUUGUUGCAUGUGGAAGAAAUCACACCUUGGUUUCUACAGUUCAAGGAAAACUCUAUUCAUCUGGCGGCAACAGUGAAGGACAGCUGGGCCUCGGUGACCUAACGGAAAGGACAAGCUUCCAUGAAAUCUCCUUUUUUCAUGCUCAGUAUAAAAUCAAACAGCUGUCAGCCGGAUCGAAUACAUCAGCAGCAUUAACCGUGGAUGGGAAGCUCUUCAUGUGGGGGGACAACUCAGAAGGUCAACUUGGAUUAGCUAAUGUAGCCAACCAAUGCAGCCCUCAGCAGGUGGAUAUUGGCAAACCAAUCUCUUGGAUAUCUUGUGGCUACUACCAUACAGCAUUUGUAACACAGGAUGGUGAACUUUACACAUUUGGGGAACCUGAAAAUGGCAAACUUGGACUACCUUCAGAGAAACUCAAAAACCACAAAGUACCUCAAAGAGUCCCUGGAAUUUCCGGAAAGGUGAAAAUGGUUUCCUGCGGCGGAGGGCACACAGUAGCGGUGACAGAAAAAGAAGUCUACACCUUUGGCCUUGGUCAGUUUGGCCAACUGGGGCACGGCACUCAUAUUUUCGAAGCCCAGUUACCAAAAGUAGUAGAUGCCUUGAAGAAAACUAAAAUCCGAUAUGUGGCUUGUGGGGAAAACCACACAGCAGUAAUAACCGACAGGGGCCUUCUUUAUACCUUUGGAGAUGGGCGAUACGGCAAGCUGGGUUUAGGGGAAGAAAAUUUCACCAAUCAGUUUGUGCCUGCGUUGUGUUCUAAUUUCUUGAAAUAUACAGUGCAGUUGGUAGCCUGUGGUGGUUGUCAUAUGUUAGUCUUUGCAACACCCAGGCCUAAAGAACCUGAUGAUGACCUAAAGGAGAACUAUUUGACCGUUAAUUCCUUAAACGGGGAUAAGGAAAUGGCCGCGUCUCUGCAGAGAACUCUCUCUGCGCGCUUAAGACGGAGAGAGAAGGAAAUAUACAAUGAACAAAACAGUGGACUGAGCCGAACCUUGCCACCUUUGAGUAAAAACCCAUUCCAUCCCUCUUUGCCCGUUAUGAGCAAAACCAUUCCUCCACAGCUACUGAAAGUGAGACCACCCGGUUCUGAGCCUUCCAACACAAACCACAUCCAUGAAUCAUCCAUGGAUUCAGUGCUAAAUGAUGAAAACAAAGCAGGAGAUCUGGUGAAAAGUUUUUCCGCAGAGGAAAGUUCUGACUCUGAAAGCCAGCACAAAGGUUUUGGUGAGACCACGGAUCUCUUAAACAUGACGCAUGUCAUGAACGUUAACCACACUGACCAAACCAUAAGUUUUUCACCUGUACAAAAACGAAAGAAGAACAUUAAAAAUGUGGAGUUGAAAUAUGAUGGUAAGGUGGAGGUAAAGAAGUCAAGAGAGAGUACCAAGCGUCGUCUUUCAUCCAUGUUGUCUGAGAGCAAAUCCUUUAGUACUGACGGGGAUGCUUCCAAUUCUGAGUAUUCUAAUAUAGAUGUGACUGUUGAGCAAGCAGAGGCUCUAAAGAAAUAUAUGAGAGCUAAAUUCCUGAAGGCAGCCAAAGCUGGCAAAAUGAAGUUUGUUGCCAGUCAAGAACAAUCCUGCGCUACGCAAUCAGACGUUCCUAAUAAAAAAAUGGAUUUAGAGGUUCUCCAAAAACGUCAAGAGAAGCAAAAUUCCAAAGGACAUGUUAUAAAGUAUCCAGAUAGUAUGACUGGUAUAUAUUCUGCCACAACUAGUGAGUCAGAUAGCACAGCGGUUAUUCAAAAUGACACACAGCAUAGAAGGGUCCCUAAAGUAAUAUGUGUCAAGAGCCGUGACAGUAGUCAUAAAGAGAAGCAAACACCCAUCAGUGUAAAGCAUAGUUUUGUGAAAAGAGAUGCAGGAACAUCAUCGUCCUCAAGUGCAGCCUCUGGUUUUAAUAAACCUAAUAAAAGUAGAUGCAAGUCUAGAGCUGAAAUUUCUAACAUGGGGGGUAGGACAGGCAGUGAUGAUGAGUAUCAGGUGAAUAAAGAAAGGAAAGCAAAGUUUAUGCAAAAUACAACCAUUGUCAAAGUACAAAGUCAACGUGGCAGAGAAAAAGAAACCUCAGACAGCUCUCAAGGGUCUUCAGAAGAAGAUAGUUCUCUGAAUUUUAAGAGUAGAGAAUUUGGAGAGAGAAAGCAAAAAACACACAGCUCAUACCAUACUGAGAAAAAGAGCUGCAAUUUCAAUAAUGCAUGGAAAAAGCAAGAAACACUUGUGUAUUCUGAAGAGGAGAGGGAGACAGAUGUAGAUGAAGAGAAGGAUGAAGAAGUCGUAGAAACAGAGGAGGAAGACAGUCAGGAGAAAAAAAGGGACAAGGAGUGGGAGGAGGAAGAAGAAGAUGGGGAGGAGGAAGAAGAAGAUGGGGAGGAUGAAAGGAAGAAAGGAGAGGGAGACAACGAAGAAGGAGAAGAGGAGGACGAAGAUGGGGAGGAGGAGGAGGAUGAAGAUGGAAAGGAGGAGGACGAAGAUGGAGAGGAGCAGGAGGAGGAGGAGGAGGAAGGGGAGGAGGAGGAGGAGGAAGGGGAGGAGGAGGAGGAAGAAGGGGAGGAGGAAGAGGAUGAGGAAGGGGAGGAGGAUGAGGAAGAAGGGGAUGAGGAAGAAGGGGAGGAGGAAGAAGGGGAGGAGGAAGAAGGGGAGGAGGAGGAGGAAGAAGGGGAGGAGGAGGAGGAGGAAGAAGGAGAGGAGGAAGAUGAGGAGGAAGAAGGAGAGGAGGAGGAGGAAGAUGAGGAGGAAGAAGGAGAGGAGGAGGAGGAGGAGGAGGAUGAGGAAGAAGGAGAGGAGGAUGAGGAAGAAGGAGAGGAGGAGGAAGAAGAAGAGGAGGAGGAAGAAGAAGAAGAAGAAGAAGAGGAGGAGGAAGAAGGAGAGGGGGAGGAGGAGGAGGAAGAAGGAGAGGAGGAGGAAGGAGAUAAGGAAAAGAGAAAAGAAGACGAGAAACAAUUUAGACAUGAAAAGCAAGAUAAAGAGAAAAAGCCUACACCAAAGAAAACUACAGAUAAAAAACAAACUAAAACUACUAAAAGUUUGAAGAAAGAAAAAAAUAAAAAAAUACACAGCCCCAUAUUGGAAGAGUCAGGCAAAUUAAAAAAGCUUAACACGUUAGAUAGCUCCAUUAAGUUUUGGGAUAAUAUAUUACCGCAGUAUUUGACACUAAAGUAA